GAGUUGGCUAUGGAGGUGAGGCCAGGUCUGCGAGUGGUCCGAGGUCCUGACUGGGAGAGAGGGAACGAGGAUGGUGGCGAGGGAUACGUGGGAACUGUUGUAGCUGGAGGGAGGGCCGACGGAACUGAGGAUGGCAGACAUGAUAUAGCCACUGUUCAGUGGGACGUGGGAGGAGAGAGACACGUAUACCGCUGUGGUGCGGGAGGCAAGUACGACCUGAGAGUGAUAGACAGCGCACAAGCAGGUGUGGUUCACAGACAUCUGGAGUGCAGUGGGUGUGGGAGUGAGAGUAUUGCAGGCUGUGUGUGGAGGUGUGUCCACUGCCUGCGCUACUAUCUGUGCACUCCGUGCUACAUGAAGGACAGACACAGUGUGUGGCACCAUUUCAUGAGGAUAGACUCUCCAGAGAACCCCAGACAGAGGACGAGAGUGCGGUGUCGGUACCAGUCGGGGCGUGUUGGGGCCAGGGGGGUGUUUGUGGGAGCCAGAGUGGUGCGUGGACGAGACUGGAGGUGGAGUGAUCAAGAUGGAGGUGCGGGGAGAGAGGGGACUGUGGUGGAGGUGUGUGGAUGGCAGAGCGAGAGCUCAAGAAGUGUGGCAGUGGUGGAGUGGAGAGAAUCAGGUCUGAAGAGAAAGUACCGACUCGGACACAAGGGCAAGGUGGAUCUACAGUGUACAGUGGCAGCUGGAGGACACUGCUAUCUGGACCACCUACCACUGCUAGGGCCAGCAUUCAACUCAUCCAGUGUUCCCUGUAUCUGUGCUGGAGACAGGGCUCUUGUGGAGAUGGACAUUGAACUUCUCAAGUCCAUUCAUGAGGAGUUGGGUACUUGGGAGGACAAUCUUGUUGAUUAUCUGGGGGAAGGUUGGUGUGGUAAUGAAGAUUGACUUAGAUGUGCGUAAUGCUCACCUUUUUAUUGAUGGUGAAGUUAUAGAGUUCACUGUGAUACUGGAAGCAUUGAAACAGGUUGAGGGGCCAGAUAUUCUUCCCGAUGAUGUGGUGCGUGUGAUUGAUGACAUGGCGGAGGUCCACAGACUACAGAAGGAUGGACAUGGAUGGCAUGAUGACAUGGCUCUGUCUCUAGGUCAGUUGGGUCGUGUGAAGAGGGUAACGGCAGAUGGAGCAGCUCUUGUUUAUGUGAAUGGGAGGAGGUGGCUGUACCAUCCUCUCUGUCUCACAUCUGCUCCUGGAGAGCAGCCUGAGGACGAAGGGACUGAAGCUGAUCGACCGGGCGAUAUUGAUGUGCUGAUGAUGAAGUUUGUCCAAACGCAACCAAACCCUGAACUGUUUUUCAGGGUUGUUGCCAAUGGACAUGCAGAUGCAGUGGCGGACACUCUCAAGAAAUGGCCAGAGAUGGCAAACCUUAGGCACGAGGGUGUAACAACACUCCACGUGGCAGCUCUAAAUGGCCGUCUAAAUGUCGUGAGAGUGCUACUGGAGCACAAGGCAGAUCUGUCAGCUACAAAUGUUGAUCGCAAUGAGACUCCUCUGAGCGCUGCAUCUCGCCUGAACUACUACCACAUUACCAAACUGCUAAUGGACGAAGGGAGUGAUGUGAACAUAAGCGAUGUUUCUGGGAACACUCCACUCCAUAAUACCUGUGGCUUAGGGUUUUCAAGGAUGGUUGCACUUCUUCUAAGCUACCGCAAAUGCAAUCUUGAGUUACGGAAUAAGAUUGGCAGCACUCCGCUGUACAUAUCAUCUCAAUGCUUCAAGCCAGACAUUACCAGGUUGUUGUUGGACGCUGGAGCUGAUGUAUCUUCAAUAUGCAUGCUAUCAGCCAAUGCCGUCGUAUUUGCUAUCAUCAAAGGAUUCUUCGGUGGUGUGGAGACGUAUAUAGAGCAUGAUCAGGGAGUCAUCAACGCGAUAAAGGUGGAUGAUGGUUGGACUCCACUCCAUGUCGCAGCUCAACUCAACCGCCACGACCAUCUCUACUACCUUGCUGCCAUAGAUACAUGUGAACUGAAUAAGCAAUCGUACAAUGGCUCAACUCCACUGCAUUUAGCGUGUUAUAGAGGCAACAUUAUGUGUGUGGAGUGUCUGGUGGGCUACGGAGCCAUUUUGGAGACUACUGAUCUGGAGUCACGAUCUCCACUGCAGUUUGUUCUAGCCAAGAGGGACAUGAAACCACUUUCUGAUUGCACACCAUACAUGAAUAAAUUCCAUGAGUAUGUGCUGGGAGCUGACAAUCGUAUUCAGGAUGUCCCUGUCUACAUCACUGUGGCCUGUUUCCUGGUCAGUGAAGGAGCCAGUCUGGAGACUACAUCGGUACAUGGAUUCACAGCUCUCGGUGUCUGUUCUCCGGAAUACCACUCUCUACUGAAGCUCUUUGCAAGACCUGAAAGGAGAGGUAACUAUAGAGGGAGUCUACCCAGACAUCCUCCUCCUGUUAGCACCAGACAGAGAUGAUCACAACUCAGCCACUAGACUCAAAUAGUGGAGUAGCCGAGUCUCCUGUCAAAAAUACCACACCCACCACUGGGAGUGAGGCCACACCCCCUGAGGUAUCGGUGUCUGGAGGAGACUCUAACAAGAGGGAGGAGAGUGAGGUGGAGUCUGUGACUGGACCAAGUUGCUUUCUCUGUGAGGGGCCAUGUGAUAUCUCCUUCCAGCCAUGUGGACACACUGCCAUGUGUGCUGAGUGUGUCCAGAGUGUCAGUGUCAAAAGAUGCCCCAUUUGUAAGAGUUUGGAUGGUGUAUUGGCGAAGGGACAGCAAAAUAGAGGUGAAAGAGGGAUUGAUAAAGCAGAGAGGGAGAGGUUAAAAGGUCAAAGGACCACAAAGAGGCAAAAGGUACCGCAAAGAGGCUAGGUAGUGAGAUAGUUCACUUGAUCUCGUCUUCAGCAAGUACGGGGAAAUCCCUGGGGUUUCCCCUAUCCAGCGUACGUACAUAGGUGGAGUCGGCUAUGGAGGUGAGGCCAGGUCUGCGAGUGGUCCGCGGUCCUGACUGGGAGAGAGGGAACGAGGAUGGUGGCGAGGGAUACGUGGGAACUGUUGUUGCUGGAGGGAGGGCCGACGGCACUGAGGACGGCAGGCACGAUGUAGCCACUGUUCAGUGGGACGUGGGAGGAGAGAGACACGUAUACCGCUGCGGUGCGGGAGGCAAGUACGACCUGCGAGUGAUAGACAGCGCACAAGCAGGUGUGGUUCACAGACAUCUGGAGUGCAGUGGGUGUGGCGGUGAGAGUAUUGCAGGCUGUGUGUGGAGGUGUGUCCACUGUCUGCGCUACUGUCUGUGCACUCCGUGCUACAUGAAGGACAGACACAGUGUGUGGCACCAUUUCAUGAGGAUAGACUCUCCAGAGAACCCCAGACAGAGGACGAGAGUGCGGUGUCGGUACCAGUCGGGGCGGCGUGUUGGGGCCAGGGGGCUGUUUGUGGGAGCCAGAGUGGUGCGUGGACGAGACUGGAGGUGGAGUGAUCAAGAUGGAGGUGCGGGGAGAGAGGGAACUGUGGUGGAGGUGUGUGGAUGGCAGAGCGAGAGCUCAAGAAGUGUGGCAGUGGUGGAGUGGAGAGAAUCAGGUCUGAAGAGAAAGUACCGACUCGGACACAAGGGCAAGGUGGAUCUACAGUGUACAGUGGCAGCUGAAGGAGGACACUGCUAUCUGGACCACCUCCCACUGCUAGGGUCAGAGUACAAAGCUCCCACAACUCCAUUCAUCUGUGCUGGAGACAGAGCUAGACUGGAGAUGGACAUUGAUCUCCUCAAAAGCUGCCAAGAGACAAUAAAUAAGUGGGAUGAGAGACUUGUCGAUUUACUGGGAAUGGUAGGAUUUGUUAAUUUUGUGGAUACCGACAUGGCAGUAGCAAACAUCGUAUUCACCUUUGCAUUAUCUGGAUUUACAGUUGUUCUCAGUGCUCUGCAAAAGGUAGAAGGACCAGAGAUUUCGAUUGAUGAUGUGGUGCGUGUGAUUGAUGAUAUGGCAGAGGUCCACAGACUACAGAAGGAGACUCUUGAAUGGCAUGAUGAUAUGGUUUUGUCUCUAGGACAGCUCGGUCGAGUAACUGUGUUUGACCAAUGUGGACAUCCGUGUAUAGUAGUGAAUGGAUAUCAGUGGGUCAUGCACAGCUCCUGUGUUGUACCAGCUCCUGGAGAACAGCCUGAGAAUGAGCAAAUUCAGAAGGAGCAGUCGUUGGGGGUGGAGCUACUCUGGGUCACUACGCUCGAGGAACCCAUGCCCGAGGCACUGGUGGCUGUUACUGAGAAUGGUUGUGCAACUGUGCUAGCAGAUAUGCUCAAGAAAUGGCCUGACCAAGCUAACACCAGAAAUGGCGGCGACACACUACUGCAUAUAGCGGCAGGUCAGGGCCACUUAAACUGUUUGCGAGUGUUACUGGAGUACAAUGCAGACAUCACAGCCACAGAUGUCAAGGGAAAUAUUCCUCUACAUUGUGCAAGUGGUUGCAACAAUUACCAGGCAGCUAAGCUUCUACUCGAUAAAGGCAGUGACACCAACAAGAGGAAUGACCAAGGGUGGACCCCUGUCCACAUUGCAGCAGCCUUGGGCUACUCCAGACUUCUUGGACUCUUUCUGGAACACCCAAAAUGUGACAUGAAUGCACAGAAUUUUGAAGGUUACUCGCCUCUGCAUAUUGCUGUUCAGAAGCGGUGGACAGCUACAACACGACAGCUACUGGAUGCAGGAGCAGAUUUAUCAGUGGCCAAUUAUGAAGGCUGUACAGUGUUCAUUGGUGCUGUGACAGAAGGAUUUGACUAUGGUGUGGAGAUCUUCCUGGAGGCACACCCUGGUCUUGUUAACAGCCAACGAAUGGACAGUGGAUACAGAGCUCUCCAUGCUGCAGCUGCAGUUGCUGACAACUUUGGCGUUCUCUGUCUUCUUGCCUCAAUGGAGAAUUGUGUUGUGGAUGCAUCACCCUCUCCUAGUCCGCUGUAUGUGGCUAUGAUUGAGGGCCGCACCAGUUGUGUAGAGGCUCUUGUGGGCUACGGAGCUGAUAUCACACUCACAGAUGGAAGAGGCAGAACUAUACUGCACAAUGUUCUGAACAUGAGAAAAAUGGAGCCCCUUUCAGAGUGGACAGUGCAUUUGAAUGAGUUCCAUGAGUAUGUGGCGGGAGCUGACAAUCGUAUUCAGGAUGUCCCUGUCUUCAUCACUGUGGCCUGUUUCCUGGCAAUGUCUGAUUCAAGAAGUAAAGUAGCCAAGACCUCUGUAGAGAAGACCACACCCACCACUUGGAGUGAGGCCACACCCCCUGAGGUCUCGGUGUCUGGAGGAGACUCUAACAAGAGGGAGGAGAGUGAGGUGGAGUCUGUGACUGGACCAAGUUGCUUUCUCUGUGAGGGGCCAUGUGAUAUCUCCUUCCAGCCAUGUGGACACACUGCCAUGUGUGCUGAGUGUGUCCAGAGUGUCAGUGUCAAAAGAUGCCCCAUUUGUAAGGUGAGGCCAGGUCUGCGAGUGGUCCGAGGUCCUGACUGGGAGAGAGGGAACGAGGAUGGUGGCGAGGGAUACGUGGGAACUGUUGUAGCUGGAGGGAGGGCCGACGGCACUGAGGACGGCAGGCACGAUGUAGCCACUGUUCAGUGGGACGUGGGAGGAGAGAGACACGUAUACCGCUGUGGUGCGGGAGGCAAGUACGACCUGCGAGUGAUAGACAGCGCACAAGCAGGUGUGGUUCACAGACAUCUGGAGUGCAGUGGGUGUGGGAGUGAGAGUAUUGCAGGCUGUGUGUGGAGGUGUGUCCACUGUCUGCGCUACUAUCUGUGCACUCCGUGCUACAUGAAGGACAGACACAGUGUGUGGCACCAUUUCAUGAGGAUAGACUCUCCAGAGAACCCCAGACAGAGGACGAGAGUGCGGUGUCGGUACCAGUCGGGGCGUGUUGGGGCCAGGGGGCUGUUUGUGGGAGCCAGAGUGGUGCGUGGACGAGACUGGAGGUGGAGUGAUCAAGAUGGAGGUGCGGGGAGAGAGGGGACUGUGGUGGAGGUGUGUGGAUGGCAGAGCGAGAGCUCAAGAAGUGUGGCAGUGGUGGAGUGGAGAGAAUCAGGUCUGAAGAGAAAGUACCGACUCGGACACAAGGGCAAGGUGGAUCUGCAGUGUACAGUGGCAGCUGAAGGAGGACACUGCUAUCUGGACCACCUCCCACUGCUCGGGUCAGAGUACAAAUCUCCCACAACUCCAUUCAUCUGUUCUGGAGACAGAGCUAGACUGGAGAUGGACAUUGAUCUUCUCAAGACAAGUCUGGUUGGUGUGGGUAUGUGGAAUGAAGACAUUCUUAAUUAUAUUGGGAAUGUUGGAGUAGUAAACAGAGUUGACAAUGAUAUGAAAUUUGCAUGCGUCUUCUAUGCCUUAAGUGCAGAUGGAUAUGCUGUACCUACCGAUGCUCUCAUAAAGAUCGAGGGAGCUGAUGUAGCCAUUGAUGAUGUGGUGCGUGUGAUUGACGAUAUGGCGGAAGUUUACUCACUGCAGAAGGAGACAAAACCAGGCUGGAACGACGACAUGGCUCUGUGUGUGGGCCAACUUGGUCGGGUGACAAUGCUGGAUGAAUCUGGCUAUGUGAUUCUGAGGGUGAAUGUUGAUGUGGAAAAGCCUCCUACCAUGGAGCUACUGUGGGCAACUAUGCUUAAGGAGCCAAUGCCGGAUAUUUUAGUGAGCAUCGCGUUAGGAGGCAGAGCAACAAUGCUAGAAGAUAUGCUCAAGAAAUGGCCGGAGCAAGUGAACCUCAAGCACAACAACUCAACCUUGCUACAUGCGGCAGCAGGUGAAGGGAGAGUGAAUUGCGUCCGAGUACUGUUGGAGCACAAGGCAGACAUCACGGCUACAGAUGAGUAUGGUCGAACUCCUCUACAUAAAGCAGCCCGUUUCAACCAUUACCAUGUGGCAAAGCUCUUGCUUGAAAAUGGCAGUGACGUAAAUAAGAAAGACGGCAAAGGCCUUACAACACUCCACAUGGCAGCUGCCUUGGGGUACUCCAGAAUUCUCAGCCUUUUCCUCCAACAACCAAACUGUGACAUUAAUGUACAGAAUUUGAAAGGUGACACUCCACUUCAUGUGGCCUGUCGAGGUUGCUGGCCUGCCGUGAUGCAACUAUUGAUACAAGCUGGAGCAGACGCAUUGAUACCGAAUCAACUGGGUCACACUGCUCUUGUACCAGCUCUGUUGGAAGAGUUCUUCUGCGGUGUAAAGAUGCUACUGGAGAUGAACCCAGAGAGCAUUAAUUUCCAAAGGAUGGAGGAUGGAUGUGUCCCCCUUCACAUUGCAGCAGUCUCCGACAGAUGUGAUAUAUUGUGCUUUCUGGCCUCUGUGGAAUCAUGCCAAAUAGAUAUGCCCACCAUGGGUACGAAUGAAACUCCACUGCAUAUAGCUGCAAGGGAAGGUCAAAUUCGAUGUGUGGAAAGUCUGGUGGGCUAUGGGGCUGAUGUCAAAGCAAAUGAUGUAGUUGGAAACACUUCACUGCACUUAGUUCUGGCCAAGAGAAACAUGAAACCUCUAUCAGAGUGUACACUCCAACUGAAUGAGUUCCAUGAGUAUGUGUCUGGAGCUGACAACAGUAUUCAGGAUGUCCCUGUCUACAUCACUGUGGCCUGUUUCCUGGUCAGUGAAGGAGCCAGUCUGGAAACAGAAUCACUGGAAGGGCUGACUCCUCUUGACUGCUGCCCACAAGAAUACGUCUCUCUACUAAAACUAUAUGCCAGACCAGAAAGGAGAGGUCAUUAUAGAGGGAGUCUACCCAGACAUCCUCCUAUCACUAGUCACUUCCAUACUCAGAAGCCUAACACUACUGCCAAGUCUUUGGAGAAAAGUGUCACAUGUGCUGAGGAUAAGACCACACCCACCACUGGGAGUGAGGCCACACCCCCUGAGGUCUCGGUGUCUGGAGGAGAUUCUAACAAGAGGGAGGAGAGUGAGGUGGAGUCUGUGACUGGACCAAGUUGCUUUCUCUGUGAGGGGCCAUGUGAUAUCUCCUUCCAGCCAUGUGGACACACUGCCAUGUGUGCUGAGUGUGUCCAGAGUGUCAGUGUCAAAAGAUGUCCCAUUUGUAAGGUGGAGUCGGCUAUGGAGGUGAGGCCAGGUCUGCGAGUGGUCCGAGGUCCUGACUGGGAGAGAGGGAACGAGGAUGGUGGAGAGGGAUACGUGGGAACUGUUGUUGCUGGAGGAAGGGCCGACGGCACUGAGGAUGGCAGACAUGAUAUAGCCACUGUUCAGUGGGACGUGGGAGGAGAGAGACACGUAUACCGCUGCGGUGCGGGAGGCAAGUACGACCUGCGAGUGAUAGACAGCGCACAAGCAGGUGUGGUUCACAGACAUCUGGAGUGCAGUGGGUGUGGCGGUGAGAGUAUUGCAGGCUGUGUGUGGAGGUGUGUCCACUGUCUGCGCUACUAUCUGUGCACUCCGUGCUACAUGAAGGACAGACACAGUGUUUGGCACCAUUUCAUGAGGAUAGACUCUCCAGAGAACCCCAGACAGAGGACAAGAGUGCGGUGUCGGUACCUGUCGGGGCGUGUUGGGGCCAGGGGGCUGUUUGUGGGAGCCAGAGUGGUGCGUGGACGAGACUGGAGGUGGAGUGAUCAAGAUGGAGGUGCGGGGAGAGAGGGGACUGUGGUGGAGGUGUGUGGAUGGCAGAGGGAGAGCUCAGGAAGUGUGGCAGUGGUGGAGUGGAGAGAAUCAGGUCUAAAGAGAAAGUACCGACUCGGACACAAGGGCAAGGUGGAUCUACAGUGUACAGUGGCAGCUGAAGGAGGACACUGCUAUCUGGACCACCUCCCACUGCUAGGGUCAGAGUACAAUGCUCCAACAACUCCAUUCAUCUGUGCUGGAGACAGAGCUAGACUGGAGAUGGACAUUGAUCUCCUCAAAAGCUGCCAAGAGACAAUAAAUAAGUGGGAUGAGAGACUUGUCGAUUUACUGGGAAUGGUCGGAUUUGUUAAUUUUGUGGAUACCGACAUGGCAGUAGCAAACAUCGUAUUCUCCUUUGAAUUAUCUGGAUUUACAGUUGUUCUCAGUGCUCUGCAAAAGGUAGAAGGACCAGAGAUUUCGAUUGAUGAUGUGGUGCGUGUGACUGAUGAUAUGGCAGAGGUCCACAGACUACAGAAGGAGACUCUUGAAUGGCAUGAUGAUAUGGCUCUGUCUCUAGGACAGCUCGGUCGAGUAACUGUGUUUGACCAAUGUGGACAUCCGUGUAUAGUAGUGAAUGGAUAUCAGUGGGUCAUGCACAGCUCUUGUGUUGUACCGGCUCCUGGAGAACAGCCUGAGAAUGAGCAAAUUGAGAAGGAGCAGUCGUUGGGGGUGGAGCUACUCUGGGUCACUACGCUCGAGGAACCCAUGCCCGAGGCACUGGUGGCUGUUACUGAGAAUGGUUGUGCAACUGUGCUAGCAGAUAUGCUCAAGAAAUGGCCUGACCAAGCUAACACCAGAAAUGGCGGCGACACACUACUGCAUAUAGCGGCAGGUCAGGGCUACUUAAACUGUUUGCGAGUGUUACUGGAGUACAAUGCAGACAUCACAGCCAUAGAUGUCAAGGGAGAUAUUUCUCUACAUUAUGCGAGUCGUUGCAACCAUUACCAGGCAGCUAAGCUUCUAGUCGAUAAAGGCAGUGACACCAAUAAGAGGAACGACCAAGGGUGGACCCCUGUCCACAUUGCAGCAGCCUUGGGCUACUCCAGACUUCUUGGACUCUUUCUGGAACACCCAAAAUGUGACAUGAAUGCACAGAAUUUGAAGGUGACUCGCCUCUGCAUCUUGCUGUUCAGAAGCGGUGGACAGCUACAACACGACAGCUACUGGAUGCAGGAGCAGAUAUAUCAGUGGCCAAUCAUCAAGGCUGUACAGUGUUCAUUGGUGCUGUGACAAGAGGAUUUGACUAUGGUGUGGAGAUCUUCCUGGGGGCACACCCUGGUCUUGUUAACAGCCAACGAUCGGACAAUGGAUACAGAGCUCUCCAUGCUGCAGCUGCAGUUCCUGGCAGCUUUGGCGUUCUCUGUCUUCUUGCCUCAAUGGUAGAUAGUACUGUUUUUUGUCCUAACACUUCACCGACUUAGACAUUUUUUGGUU